GCUGGUUUUCUAUCAGAUGUAAAAUGGACGUGCGGUCGUGUCGCUGCGCGCUCGCGAGCUCCGCGUGUUCGUUGUAAAAUCGAUGUUUAUUGUUUUAAAAUUUCACGUGAAUACGAAUAUUGUUUAUGCGAUUGUUCGACUACUUCGGUGUUCGGUUGCCGGAGAAGAUUGUGUGAGUGUAUGUGUUUUUAAAUGACGUUAACGCUCACUUCACUUGCAGUGAUUUCGCUGAUAGCUCACUCGCCGGUGGGUGCGCGCGUGAUAAACUACGUGUUCGGUUUUGAAAAGGCCGAUUAUCGUGUAGUGUGGGUGUUUUACAGUACCACCAUGCUGUGCACGGUGACAUAGUGAACCUUGAAUUGACCCUGACCUGUGUCAAACAUGCCUGGGAGAUCGGAUUGCAGGAAAUUUGCGCCUAACAUCUUCACCAAAAGCAAGUGCACUAAUUGCUUCCGUCAGAAAGAGGAACACAGUGCCGAAGCCUUGGAAUCUAAUCGGGCGAGCCGAAAGAUAUCCAAAUGCGGCUAUCUGUUCGUGGCUCCCGGUUGGGACUUCUCCAAUCCGCUCUACAGAACAAAGAGAUGGCAGCGGAGGUGGUUCGUGUUGUACGACGACGGCGAGCUCACAUACUCACUCGACGAACACCCGGACACGGUUCCCCAAGCGAGUGUGGACAUGACGACAGUGCUAGAAGUGAGCGAUGCUGACUCUGUGACGGGUCACGCCCACAGCCUGGCCAUCACGGCUCCGGAGAGGGUCACCUUCGUCAAGGGAACGUGUCGAGAGGAGACGCGGUGGUGGGCAGACGUGCUGAGCGUGUAUCCGAGGAGCAAGGGUCGUCACAAGCGCAACGCGACUUUUCCAGGGGGCCAGACGGGCAGCUUGCUCCAGUCUUCCACCACCAGAAAGUACUCAGCGGACGCGUCAACCCUGCGCGACGUGGCGGACGGCUGCGGGGGCGCCCGGGCGCGAUACUGCGCGGGAGGCACCACUACCUGGCCCGGCCCGCGUGUGCAGCCUCCUCAGCCCGAGAUCCCGAGUCUAGCGCCCGCGCCCAUCGACACCAAAGUGUACACAGAUCAGCCGGUCUCGUCAGCAUCUCCACCCACGCGGGACAAGAUCAACGGUGAGGAGAAGGCCAGGUCCCGGCGACGGGACGCCUGGUCGGAGUCUAACAAUCCCUCUCCGGAUGAUGGUGCGGUCGUGCGGUCUCCCUUACUGCAGCAUCAGCCUUACGACGAACAGCUACGGGACAUAGCUGCGUCUCUGACCAGACCUAGGUCUCGCAGGGCUCUGCCCGUCACUCUGGAGAGGCCCACCAGGCUGCCACCACCCGACCGACUGCCGGCCCGUGGAACUCCAGACGGCGCCGUGCCUCCUGAAGAGAACAGCUCCAGUUCAUCAAGCGAAGGCAGCGAACCAACUGAUGCUGUGGAAACCACAGAGAAUGGAGAGCCAGGCAGAGUGGAACUACCCGCUGAAAGGCUCCUCCACGCUAGAGCAGGAUGGCUUCAGAGACGAGGGCCCGGGGGGUACUCCCGCCACUGGUUCGUGCUGAGAGGAGCUGCGUUGCUGUAUUUUAGGGAUCCCCAUGCAGAGCACAGGGGAUUAAUGGACGGAGUGAUUGACUUGAGUGGGGUGGCCAGGGUAGUGGAGCUACCGACAACAGCCUCUACCGGAUAUGCUUUUGAGACCGAGACUUGGGAUGGCAAACACAUCGUUCUGUCAGCGGUGACAGCGGGAAUACGAGCGAAUUGGGUAUCAGCCAUAAGACGAACAGCUGGUUUACCUGACACUGCGCCGCUAUCGUUGAUACUACGCGAAGACGCUGUAGACCAAUCAUCGGAAUCAUCUACUUCACCAGUCACACCAGUAACACCAAUCACUGGAAAAUCAGCACCGUUCUCAUCUGAUGAAGAGUACAGAACUGCUUCAGAAGGUGGAAGGAGAGACAGCGCUGACUGGGGAGAUGUGGCGCCUCAACCACCACCAUCCCCCAUCUUGAAUCGAACACCAAUAUCUAAAGUCAAAGAAAAGGUACGCGCUCGAGCGUGCCAUCAAACGCCCAGUAAAACUGAAGGAAACAAAGACGAAAUCGACGGAACCAAAGAACGCCCGACCGACGAAGUCGACGAAAACGAAAAGCCGAGUGAACCUCGCAAGCGCAGCUACAUAUCUACCAUCGACAAACAAUCCAUCGAAAUUGACGAUCUGCGCAAACAACUGAAACUUGCUCUAAGCGACGUCGAUGCGGCUGAAUCGGAACUUGCAAGACUUAAAAAACUUAAAUCUGAUGCAGCAUUGAGAGAGCAGAAAAUGGAGGAACUUGUGAUAACAUUACAGAAGAAAGAGGAAGAGUUAUCUGUAAGAACUAAAGAGGCUGAAAACUUGGACGCUAUAAAACAGCUUUACAGCCAAGACAAGACGAUGUGGGAGUCGAAGUUAAGAGACACGCAAAACUUCUUGAAGGAAUCAACUGAACAUUGUGAACUUCUAACGCGACAGUUAACUUCAGCGCAAGAAACAGUUGUCCAACUGCAGACGGAGUUGACUGAACUUAAUGAUAAGUUGCUAAAGAGUGUCAAGGAGAAUGAAGGUUUAUACGAAAGAAUCCAAGAACUCGAAGGCCGCCUAUCCGCUGAAUCACCCAGCAAAGAGAAAAGAAAGAGUGUUAGCUCUCUGAGUGACCUCACGAAUAUGGACCAUGACCUAAACUUAGAAUCGUUAGAAAAAGACCAAUUAAUUGAGGAAUAUGUCGAACUGCGAGGUCGUUUCAUGAAGGCCAUUCAAGAAAUCAAAUCUAUGAAGAAAGAACUCCGUGAAUCUCAUAAUAUGUAUGAUGAGCUGGAAUUAACUAACAUGAAGCUGAGAAAUGAAAUGAAACUCAGAGAACAGUGUAGUAGAUCUGAAAUCGAUCUCAUGGCAGCGCGCAUUCUAGACUUGACACAGAAGCUGACAGCGUCUGAUAAACAAGUUAGAACCUUGAAACAUAAGAUUCAGAAAACGGAGUCGAGAGAAAAGAGGCGAAGUUUGUCUCUGAAGGGAAGAGAGUCAUUUACAUUGGGAAAGGAAGUGGAAGAAAAGUUGACUGAAUUGGAAAACAAAAUCACAAUGCUAGAGUCUGGUGAAGCUGUGCCGGUGAUAAACUCGCCGUCAAAGAGCAUGUCUCCUGCUAAAGAGAAAUCGUCCAAAUCGGAAACCACCUCGGAUGAGAAACGUAUGAAACGCCUAGCGGCCAGACUCCGAAGGAAGUCUUUGGACAGCGCCACCAGUUCAGAACCAAUGAAAAUGCUCGUCCGGCUGAGCUCUCUCGAAACCAAAGUUGCGUCGGCUUUAGAAAAUCGACGAGACCUCACAAAUUCAUGUGAAUCAUUAAGUCAAGCGACUAAUAGGUCAACUGAAAGUCCAAGUUUCAACGAAAGUCUCGAAAAUUCCACCGUGGGCACACAGUCACAAAGACAUCUGUUAGAUAGAUUACAGAGUCUCGAAAAUGUAGUUAUACAUUCAAGAAAUAAGGUUAACGAGUGCCUUUGCCAGAUGAGCGCCAUGCGAGCCGCUAAGUCCAGGAGAUCACCAUCGCCUAGUCUCGAGAAAAAAUAUAGUAUUAAAUCGAUGGAGAAAUGCUUGACGGACGUGAGCAAAAGGUUGCAAGAGUGCUUUGAUAAGUGUGUCGUAGAUUGUGAUCACAAUCCUGACCACGAGGUCAAUGACAGCGUGGCUCAGGUGGUCGUGCAGCUAGAGGAACAGCUGAGAGUCAAACUGUUGGAAAUAUCAAAGAAAAAAGCAGCACUAUAUGAAUCCGGGGAGUUGACUCAGCGAAAGAGCCUUGAAAUCUUAGCUGAGAAACUAGCGUACGAGGCCGUCCUCGUCAGCAGAAUCCAAGAAGCCCUGGAGUCUUCAAACGGCAGCAGAUUCUUCGCCAGAUUAAUAAAGUCUGAAAUAACCGAAACUAGUCAAUUAAUUGAUAACCUUAAGUGUAAGAUAAGCGGUGACGGCUCCAGAAGCAUCAUCAGCACGAGGAGUUCUCUAGACUACCUCGCCAGGAUCCUCUCGCGGAAAAUAGACAUCGUUAAUGGUUCUCGGGAUACGCGGGAGUUGAGAAAGUCAGAACUAAUAUUACAGAGUGCGGAUUUAGAGGCUCUGAAAGCAUCGCAAAGGGAAGUUACCGAUGCGGUUGAUAAAUUCAAGAUGGAAAAAUUGGCAGAGCUAUGUUCGGCGCUGGCGUGUGAGACGUUGAGUUACGUGACCCCAAAUGACAGUGAUUUCGAGCAACAAAGAGCUAAUGUGGAAGCGGCAAGAGUACGCGAAGCGUGGGCCGCCGCCAGAGACGCUUUAGGAGCUGAACUAGUCCAGGCUGAGGUCACGAGGGCUCUCGGGCGCGCCGCUCAGGUUUGUGAAGAGCAACUGGACGACUCCCGGAAAUGUCGCUUGACUUUGACAGCACAGGACCGCGCCGAUUUGGAGCUGUGGUGGCAAGCGGCGCACGACCAUUUACGCUGUGAAAUGGACGGCGCCGUCCGAGACAUCGCCACUCGCUACCGAGAAUGUCUCGGUAUGGACCGACGAACCAAAGAAGGCUCUCCUGGCUUGGACAGCCGCGUGCUGCUGCAGCAGUUGGCGGAGGUGCUGGCCCAGAAGGCGCUGAUAGACGCGCGGGUGGCGGUGGUAGAGGGCACGUACAGAGCGUCAACCCCGCGCGAAGAGUCGUCGCGAUGCGCGGAAGACGCGAUAUCGUCGCUGGAGACAGACCCCGCGCAGGAGGCGGAGUUCGUCUACCUGUUCCAACGAUUCUCGAACGAGUGCCGAGCGCUCUUCUCUAGUGACUGUUCGGGUAACAGUGAAGACUCGAUGAAGAUCGGCGAGAGCCUCGGGCGGGUGGAGGCGGCGGUGGAGGCGGUGCGGCGGCUGGCGGGCGCGGAGGCAGGCGCCGAGGGGGGUGAGGGGGAGGGGGAGCCCUCCAGUAACGUGUUAGACCGCAUCGAGUCGCUGCGGCGCCGCGUCGAAGCUCUGCAAGCGCUGGUCCCGUGCCAGCACUGCAAGCAGCUACAAGACGCGCUGGACAGGCUGCAAGCGGAGCGGCUGCGCGGCGAGUGCGCGCUGGCGCAGCAAGCGGGCGCACUAUCAGCCGCACGCCGCGCGCGCGCGCAGCUGCAGGCGCAGCACGAGCGCGAGCGCGCGAGUCUGCGCGAGCGCGCGCGCACGCUGCAGCGCCGCCUGGCCGCGCUCGACUCCGAGUACUCCGCGCAGCUCGACAGUCUGCGCGCCGCCUAUCAGAGUGCAGUAGCAGCCGACACUCACGGCGACGGGCUGCGCGCGCGCUACCAGCAGGAGAUCGAGCAGUUGCGCGCGCUGUGUGAGAAGGGCCUUAUGGCCAUGGAGAGCUCGCACCGCCGCAUUGUGCGGGAGAUGGAAGAGAAACACCGCGCUGAAAGAGAACAACUCAGGUUAGACAAGGAGCAAGCACUGGCGGAGGAGACGCGCGCGACGCUGGCGGCGCUGGACGCGAUGCGCAAGGCGCACGAGAGCGAGGUGCGGCGCGAGGUCGACAAGUUCAAGGCAGAGUUCCUCAGCGCCUCCGCCGGCGGCCCCGACAGGGUGCAGCUCACCAGCAGGCAUCAACAAGAAAUGGAAGAGAUAAAGCGGGAGAUUCUGUCUCUGUCGGAGAAGUACUCUGUGAAGUGCGUGGAGUCCGCGGCGCUGGAGGAGAGGCUCGCCUCAGCCACUGCGCAGCUUGCGCAUGCGCACAACCACAUCAUGCAGCUCGACGCCAGGAAUAAGCAACUACGAGCUCAUUUGAUUUCCGAAGCAAAUGAAAUGAAGAAUGGCGAGGCGUCCUCCCUCUCACAGCUCAUCGAGGAGACUGCGCCGCAUGGGCGCGAGGCGCCGCUGUGGGCUCACCUGCGCCAUCUAGCGGCGGUGUGGCAGCGCUCGAGCAACGUCUCAGGAGAAGUCGCGGUCGAGCCCGCUGCUGGAGGCGGCGCGGCCGUCGCGCGCCAAGAUACAGUUCGCCAAGACCGAGAGCACACGGAACCUGCAGCUCUCCCCUGUCCAGAACUAAAGGCGAAACGUCGCUUCUCAGUCGGGCGCACGACCGUGGCCCCACUAGUGGGCAUGGUCGCCGAGCGCAAGAAGCGCUUCGAGGUCUGACCCACUGCGACGCGACCCAGGCUACAUAACCUCCAAAUCACUUUUGGAGGGAAAGCGCCUAUAUACGUCACCCCACCACGCAAGCACCUGGCCACUUCGCUUCAACUAAUACCCGUAUAAAGAUAUAUCACGCAGUAAGACUGUAGUAACAUAUUUAUAUGACGUCAUAUUGUUAAACUAUACCCAUAUAUAACUUAGGGCAGAUGUGAAAUUAGCUAGUUCCUAUGAAUUUAUUAGUUAUUACUGAUUUCAUAGUUGUCAAUUUAUUUUAUUUUAUAGGUGCGGCUAUGUUGGCUUAUAUGAAAUUUAUAUUAACUCUUAUUGGGUUAUAAUCAUAGCAGCAUCCAAAUACGUAUAUACUAUUGUUAUGUUGAUUAAUAUGACCGCUUACUCGAGAUUACUAGAUAUUUAGGUCGCGACCUAGUUUGACUAAGCUAUAUUUAUCCGAAACCACAUUAUAGAGUAGACAUUUGAAUUAUAUAACACGUGUUUGAAGUUAGUUGUAGUUAUCCUAAGACCAAAUAACCUUCAAGUGGCCAGAUCUUUCCCCCACCCACCACACAAAUUGUAUAUAACUUUAUAUGAAUUGUUUUACGUUAUUCUAGAUUGUAUAUUUACACACUUUAUCUAUUUACAUCUUCUCUUCAUCAUAUUAUUUAAGUGUCAUUUCGUUUUCACUUUAGACGAUCGGUUAGUGAUUGUAGACUUGUAAAAAUAUUAACAUUUGUGUAAAUACUAACGUCCCUCGCGUGUCCAUUCGCUUCUAGUUCGCAUUGUCUUAAGGAAUUGUUACCAAAUAUGUUUCGUAUUUAUGACAUUCAUACUUCGACGGGUGACGUGAGGUCGCCGGGGCGAGUCUCAACCAAACCAGUCAAUUUGCAAGAUAAUGACAGUUUCAAAUAUCACCGGUGUUGGAAACUGUUGAUACACGCCGCGACGUCCUUGCGAUCAAAAGUACCCCUUAUUUAACUUUUUUGUAGAUUUAUACAUAGUUGUAGUAUAUUAAUAUGAAAAAUUUUAUAUGACGCGAUUAUACUACAAACGAAAGAUUACAUACCUGUCUGUUUCUGUCGCAUUUCCCCGCCUUUUAUGCGGUACCGAAGUUAUUGCGGAUCUAACAAAAGGCAGGUUCGUUCGACGGAGCGCUGUUUUAGAGGCAUAUCGUUUAAAUUAACUCUUAGUUAGGACGUUAAAGUUUGACAUUUUCCGUUUUAUCUCCGACACUUCCCUCGUGUGACUGUUACCAUGUCUCUUGGGCAUUCGAAAUCUGUCUUCCACUUAUUCGUGCGUUUUCACUUUGUUGUGUAUAGUUCACCGUAGAGGCGGCGUCGCGCGGUUGACGUGCGCGAAUUUGUCGCAUUGCGUCGCGUCAUGUCGCAUCGCAUCGCGUCGUGUCGCGUUCUUGCUCAAUGUUCUAGUUCCGUGUCGAAACCAAACGUCUUGCGCGCCACCGCUCGCCGUCGCCGAACUAACUUGUGUUAUACUAUGUCUUGAGUUGACGUUGUAAAGUGUUGGUUUAUAUAACAAAGGUUUAAAAAUAAACUCACUUAAUACAA